UCUGCAAGAGAGGACAUUACACAAGGACGCAUUAAGUAGAUAUGGUUUGGUCCCGGGAGAGAGAUGCGGAUCGUCCUCCGCUGUCCGUCAUCCUGCCGCAGCUCUACCUCGGAGCGGAGAGCGACGUUACGCAGGACAGGCUAGCCUCUCUGGGUAUCUCCUAUGUGCUCAGUGUGAGCCGCUGCAGCCCCAGCCCUCCUUUUUGCCUCCUUCAGAUACCUUCGCGUCCCAAUGAUGAUUCCCUGUGGGACAACCUGCUGCCUUGGAUCCCCCAGGCACUGCACUUCAUCGAUGCAGCCAUGUCUUCUGGAGCCUCAGUGUUGGUGCACUGUGCGGCGGGAAUCUCUCGCUCACCGGCUCUAGCUGUAGCCUACAUUAUGUACAGCCUGGAAAUGGACCUAGACCAUGCAUACAGAACUUCCAGGAGAGUUACAGGGGUUGCAUGAGCACUGUGCCCUCCUGCACAAGGAGACUACACUGAUAAAGAUGAUGGUCAGUUUUAAUCAGGCAUGGCUUUUGUUUCAUAGGCACAGUCUGAAUUUUUUCAUUGCACAUUUUUCACUGACUGUCUUUCUUCAUAUUUUUCUCUUCC